CCUGAGAAACGAGAUGUUGCGUUUUGUAAAUAUCUGACAAAAAAUCCUUUAUUUUGUCGAAAUUGACGGAUCGAUGCAUUCUGAUUUUAUAUAGUCAUUGGUAGUUGUAAAUAGUAGACAUCAUGGUGAAGCAUUACCUCACAAACAAUGUAUUCAAGUACACAUGGGACCAAUUAGCAGUGGCGUUCUGGCAGAGAUAUCCAAACCCAAACAGCAAACAUGUACUCUCUGAAGAUACCCUUUCACGAGAAAUCAAGAAUGAUCUCCUAAUUACCAAAAGACUCCUGACCAAGACCAAUAAAUUGCCAAAAUGGGGCGAACGGUUUAUUCCUGGGAGUUCACGGAGCAUCUGUAUCCUGGAAGAAUCCAUUGUUGACCUAAAGACUAAGACAAUUACCACCUACAGUAGAAAUAUUGGAAUGAGUAAAAUUCUGACUGUUGAUGAAAAAUGCCAAUACAAAGUUGACCAAGAAAACAACUCGAAAACAAAAUGUAUACGAGAAGCUUGGAUCGAAUCACAUGUGUAUGGAUUUGCUCGAGCAAUACAGCAUUUUGGAAUCGAACGUUUCAAACAGAACAUUUCGAGAACAGUGAAAGGAUUCGACGAUGUUAUGGAUAGACUCUAUGCACCAAAGAUUAUGGAUUCUGUCUCGCACCCUGAAUCUAGAAGGGAAAAAAUACGCACAACGGCAAAGAAAGCAACAGAGAAGGCAACAGAAAUUGCCCGGAGCAAGGCUGGUCAAACAAUGGUUGCAAGCUGCACUGGCCAAACACCAGCAUAAAGUGUUGAUAGUGGUCCACUUGGGGUUUUUUGUUACUUUUAUUUCAAAGUUUAGUCUGCAUACUGAUCCUGUCAUUGUAGAAGUGGGGUAGUUUUCUUGAGGAAUCUGGUGCCACUUUCAUGGUCAAGCCAAAUGAGUCAAUGCUAAAUCGAAGAAAUGUGCUUUCUUGCUCUUUAUCCAGGCUAUUUGAUUCAGUUGACUGGGUCUGGCCCCUGUCUAAUCUAUGAACAUUGGAAAGAGAAUUCUUUUGCUUAUGUUCGAAAUGUCUUCUGGUUUAUAAUGCUAUUGAGGGUGGUCUUCUGGUCUUGUUUUUGUGUUGAUUUCUCAAUGAAGGAUUUCCCAUUCCUGUAACUAAAUUAAGAUGAUUCUGUUGUUCAGGCCUGGUCCCAAGCAAGUUGACAAUAGUACAUAGACAUAUUUAUUGAUGGAGCAGCUAAUUUUACACCUCGAGAUCAAGUCAGUUAUAUCAAAAUAUAUCAGGAUAUAUUGAUGAUGUAGGUGCAUUUCUUUACUAAACCUACUUACAUUGUAUGACUCUUGCAUUUACCUGCUGGUACUUAUGUACAUGUAGAGUAGAUUGGUAAAUGUACGUAUGGAUGCAAUUAUUGUAAGAGACUCAGAAGGUGACUCACUGCAAUUACCUCAGUGGGGUGUUACAACCAAAUCAUCACUGGAACCUGACCAGUGCGUAUUGUCUCAAGAGACUGCAAGUGUUAGUACUUUAGUACAAUCAAUUUGCUAAUCCUGUCGAUUCCAAGUAAUAGGUUUCGUUCGUUAUUCCAAUCGACUGUAAACCUGGAAUUAUUCACGGCCAUUCCUUUUCACGGUUUUGUGAAAUUGCAACUUUUUUGUGUACUUAUGUUAUAAAUUGUUACUGUCAACAGUGUUUUCAAUUACUGGGAGAUAUUCAUUUUCGCUACCUUAUCUGCAAACGUGAAAAAAAGCAAUAAAAUGGCCCACUUAUAUAUCCAGGUUUACACUUGUACGUUCAUUCCAAGAGAAAGAAUACAAAACUUUUGCACAAAUUAUCAUACAUAUUUAUCGACGACGUAUGAAAUCAUGUAUUCUUUAUUUCCAAGGUAAAAGGUGUUAAAUAAUCCUACUAGGUUCUUAGAAUGUUACAUGACUUCAACUGCACAGGUAAAAGUCACCAUCAUAGAACGUUUGACGGUGAUGAAUCGUCAUAGAUUCGAAUUCAACCUUGCAUCAUCAGGGUUUCUAUGACGGAACCUUUAGUCUCUGUGUCUGGUGUAACUGUGUUACUGUGCUAAAAAAGUUGAACUGUAUCAGCAAAGCUGGAAAGCAUGCAUCAUUUAAAACAUAGUUGCACUUUCAAAUGUUGUAUGCAAGACCUUGCAAUGAAUAUCAGUGAGCCGAUUAUGAUAUAUCAUUUCACUCCUCCCUGUUUUGGAUUGGAUAAUGGACCACAUCCCAAUACUUGACUUGCCAAACUCAGAAAUGCAGCGCCACUCGCGGACAAAGAUAGAACAACUCGACAUUUUUUCCACCGGUUUUCGCUGCGCAUGCGUACCAGCCGUCAUCUUUGGCGGCGACGGACGAGAAAAACAACUGUUCUUCACGCAGUGAAAGCAAAUUCACACAGGUAAACUGGUUAUAACUGUGGUACGUCUGUUUCUUAACACGUAAUAGUUAUCAGAUUGCUAAAUUAUCUUAAAUCAUGAGCCUUAAAGAACUUUUUGAACUCUCAAAAACUUACCCAAAACAAGUUCAGAUUGCCGCCAUUAUUAGUUUCCGGAUGGCUGGUACGUAUGCGCAGCGAAAACCGGUGAAAAAAAUGUCGAGUUGUUCUAUCUUUGUCCGCGAGUGGUGCUGCAUUUCUGAGUUUGGCAAGUCAAGUAUUAACAAACACUUUUUAAAUGAUACAGAGAUCCUCUGUAGCUAGAUAGGUUUCAGUUAUUAGAAGGUCUGUGAAAGGGGUAGUUGAUUUACUGUUUUACAUGUUGAGGAUGUGAAAGGUCUUGUUUGUAAUAAAAAGAUUAAUUCAA